AACUCAGACUCUACUUUACCAAAUUCUUUUGAAAUUCCCCAAAGCUUCUCCAAGAGUCUCAUACUCCUUUCCCCUUUCUGAAUUCUCUUGUCAAACCCUCUAAAGAUCUUGUGAUAUGUGAGAGAAAUCGAUUGAUGGUUCAAACGAUUCUAGGGGUUCUUGGGCUUAGGUUCCAUACCGUUCAGUGCUUGUCUUGUUGGAUUCUAGGUUCUUUGUAUUCCUCUUGCCAUCAUCGUCUUCUAGGUAUGUUUUCCUUCUUCUUUUUAGUUUUUAUGCAUCAAACUUGGAUCGUUUUGAUAUAUAGUGGUGGUCUCAAGGUCUCCACUUCUUAGUGCUCCAUUUUGGUUACUUUAGGGGUUUAGCUAGGUGUUUAGCAGUUUUUACCCUUUUUCUUGAACCCUUUUGCUACAACUAGGGUUUUCUCCUUGGUCGUUGGUGAUUAGACCCCAUGCCAUUGAGGACUGCUCUCUAAGUAUAUUUCCUCCAUUUUAUUCUAGGUUAGGUUACUUAAUACCCUCGAUCUCAGAUAUGUCUGGGUCUCCAUAUGUCAUUAGGUCUUCCAUCUCUCUAAUGUUUGGGGAUGAAAACGAGGAUCCUAAGGUCGAAUCUUCCCCCAGAAAAAAAAAAAGUGAUAAAUUUGGAAGAAGAUGAGAACCCUCUACCGAUAGUACCUCACGAGGAGAGUACUUCUCAACAGGAAGGAGGCUCCUCAUCUCUUUUUCAAGAAUAUGCCUAAGGAAGGGAGUUUUUGGCCGUGGUAAGAGGAAAAAGGGCCCUAAAAGAAAGGGUUACCAAAUCUAUCUAAGCUUCCCCUUCAUGUGAGGUCAGUACCUCAGGCAAGUUUGGAAACUUGCAUGGGUCAUUCGCAUCUUUGACCUCGAGCCGCUUACCGAGCGUAGGCUCCGGUCUUUGGUUAAUUGUUACCAAUUCCACAAGGGCAUGGUGGCUUACCCUUUUUUGAACAUAGACCACUACGAUAUCUACCUGAUUGGAAAAACCUAUUUUUUCGUCUUGGCCGAGUCAAGUCUUAGGUUUCCUAUGUAGCAUUUCCUCAAAGGUGUUCUUUGAUUUUUCAACAUCUAUCCUUCGAGGAUAUCUCCCAAUUUUUAGGAAAGCAUGGUCGGCCUUUUAGUAUUUUAGAGAGAGAACGACCUGAGAUGAGCUCCUUCCAUGACCGAGCUUCUCAAUUUUUUCAACAUCAAGUGCUCCCCCGUAGCUACAUCUCCAAACAUGUUAAGGUCAAGGCUUGAGUCGUAGGUGCUCCCUCUUCCCAUGAGACUUGGAAGUAGCAUUUCUUCUAUAUUUCAGGUGAUGCUUGAAAGGUGGAUCCGAACGAUAUCUCCGAUGUCCUUCAUGCAGUUUUGGGGGGAAUCCAAGAAUUUGAGUGAGUGUUUAUAGGGUGGAGGUAGUUGGUGAUUAUCAGGUUUGAUGUCCUAGGUUGAGUGUUGUUAAAGGCUAGAUCCUUUGCUGGUCUAGUUGGAGAAGUUUCGCCAGGAAACUGAGAGUAUCGCUUGGAGACAUUACUCAAGAGGAUUGAAAACCUCUCCAAUCCACUAAAACUGCCUUUGUCACUAAAUAAGUUAAACAUUAUAUAUAAUAGAAAUCUUUAAAUGAUAAUAUUUAUGCAAUGGAAUGUAGUGAGAAAACACUAAAAUAAGCGACUGGAGGUUGUGGAUGUGGAAGUAUAAGUUAAAAAAAUUAGCUAUUCUUUCUUAGUUCUACAAAGACAACAAAUUGAGAAUUAGGUGCUAGUUUAAUGAGUGGGCAUCGAUGGAGUCAACGAUAGGUAAGUAUAAAUGAGACAAAUUUAAUAGUUUAAAAUGAAAUAAUUAAUAUCACUAGAGAAUGAUAUUUAAAAAAUAAAAAUAGACUCGACCGUUAUCCGAAAUUUAUAAACAUGCUCACAAACUCCUUUUUUGUAUGUGUGUACGAGAGUUUAGGGACUUGUAAAACAUAUAAACAAUAAUGUUAGUUUGUGUUUUUCCAAAUCAAGAAAAUAAAAAAAAAUUCUGUGUUUUGAUUUUAUGAAAAAUAUUAUUUAAGUCUAACUCAGGAAUAUAGUCAAAAUCAAAUCGAUUUAAAAGAAGAGUCCAUUUAAAUUUAAAUUUAAAAAUUAUAAUUAACUUAUUAAUUACAUUAAAUUCACAAUUAAUCUAAUAAUUAUAUUAAUUAACUCUCAGGAGUGCCGUAUUUAUUAGUGUUCCCACUUUCCAGCAAUCAUUACUGUUUUUCUAAACUUGGUUUCGUUGACGGAAGGGGGUAGGCACAACCGAAGUACCUGCUCCGUAGUCGGUCGUUCCUACAAAAAUGUAUACAAAACAGACCCACGCCAACGGCGGUCCCCUCCUGUUCCUGUCGUCAUCAUCACCAGUUCACAUAACUGCUUUACUUCCUCUCCCGCCACCUAAUCAACUAUAGCCCUUGUCUACGUUCUUUUCGUUAUCCAAUUUUCCUUUUGUUUUCCCAGACAGUAACAGUUCAGUUGCUAUCCCGCACCAUGCGUCAUAAUUAUUAUCAUUAUUAAUCGUAUUUUUUGUUUCUUAUAAUUUUUCGGGUCUUCUACGGGAUUGUUGCCACUCUAAAGAAUUUUUUACCUUAAAAAACCAAGAAUUACUAGUAGUUGGUACCCACUCCACCCAACCCAUUGCUCACGGUGGGUUCUCUUUUGUAUUGAAUUUAUUGUAUUUGCCCUCAGAGGGUUUUGUUGUUUCGGAGGGAGUUUUUGUCCGAUUGCAUGUUGGCUGGCUGGCUUAAUGGCUAUCCUAUCCUAGCAGUUGCAGAGAUCAUUCUCUCUCCCGUUAGCUGGUUAUUAUGUAAUGUAUGGGAGUAGGAGUAGGAGUAGUUCCAAGUUGUGCUCUGUUAUAAUACUCUGCUAAAGUGAACUGUCGGUGGUGCGUGAUAUCUCUGGGGCUCUUUCAUGAUCCCGGCACCAGAGGCAACAAUGCCGCCACUGAAUGGCCCCUCUCCUUCUUCUCCUCAUUCCUGUUCCCAUUGUGCUCCCCAAAACGGCCAGCUGCCUAAGGUUGUUCAUUCAGAGAAUACAUUACCUGGUCAAUUGUCCAUUUCUUGGGAUUCUGUGAAGGCACCACAAUUUAGUGCUCUCACUUCUAUUCCUUUAAAUAAUGCUCCAACAUUAAAGAUUUCUUAUUCUUUGUAG